UCCUUCUCAGCCUCUUUAACGCUCUGUACCUGGAAUGUAACUUGUGAUAAACAGAAUAUUUGUGAUGUAAAAGGGGCACAGUUGAUAGUGAGUUGCUCUUACUCAAAAAUCAACUUCAAAACUGGGUUCUGGUUCAGUCAGAAACAGAGAACAAACUGGAGAAACAAAGAUGAACCUGAAGAUUUGACUUUAGAUUCAGAUUACUCAGGACGAGUGAAACAGGAGAUCACAAAACGCAACUCAAAGCUCUUUAUAGAUGAUCUGAGAGAGAGAGACAGUGGAGAAUAUCAGCUCAUGUUCAUUAUGAAGGAUGGAGUUAAACAUCUCAGCUCAGUCACAGUCAAUCUAACACUCACAGACUUGCAUGUAAGGAUGAAUCCUGUAUCUAGUAAUCCGAGUGAUCAGAGAAUUAUACUUACCUGUGAUUCGUCUUGCAAAUUGAAGUCCAGUGUUUUCUACUGGAGGAAGGAUUUAGUAUACGAUAUAUAUGAAUCUGAUUCCUUAAAGGUUUCUAUGUCAUCAAAUAGAGAUUACGGCAGCUACAGCUGUUCUGUCAACGAUUGGAACAUCAAUCCAUCUUCUGUGUGUCUUUCUAACAAUGGCUGUUGGGGUGUGACUUACACCUCUACAAGAGUUUGUGCUUUAGUGGGAUCAACAGUAGAUAUUCACUCUUCAUACUCACAUCCCACUGGAUAUACAGUAGUAAAAACAACCUGGUAUUACAUUACCCCAGAUUUCUAUCCUUGGAGACCUUUUUUACGCCGAAAACGUUUUGUGGAAUUUCCUUUGGAUCUGCGUAAGGAUCGUGAGUUUGCUGUUCGUGUCCAGUUUGUGGGAAACACACUGAGAAUCAAAGAUGCCAACAGGAGUGACUCUGGACGAUAUGUAUUGAGGAUAAUCUCUAACACAUCAGAUGAAUUUUUGGGUUAUACUGGAGUUAUUCUUACUGUUACAGGUACACGAGUGACAAGCAGCCCAAACCCUGUGAUAGAUGGAGAAAAGGUGAUAUUAAGCUGUUCAACCAAAUGCACUCUGGAUAGCAAACAUACUUACAUCUGGUAUAAGAAUGGACAACAGGUAACAGAUGGAUUGAGAUUAUUAAACAAGCUGUACCUGGACUCAAUCAACAGUGAAGAGCUACAAGAGUAUUCAUGUGCUGUAAGAGAAGAGCCUGUGGAAAUCUUAGCGGCUGAGCAUUUGCAUUUUGGCAUCUUUCUGAUUGUGUUUGCGGUUCAAGUACUCAGUAUAGCAGCCAUCUGGGUGUGGUUUUUCCUGAAAAAAAAAAAUCAGGUGGUCUAAAAACAAACUGAAUGACAAAAACAAAGAGACUCCAACUUCGGGGAGUCAGCCGACAUUGGCUUAACUUAGCACCCUCUUCUAUACGUUACAUUAUUAAUACGCUCGCUUGUAAAGUUUAUUCAUAGCCGCUGUAUUUUGCUACUUAUGUUGUGUGUCGAUUUUUCUGUGUUUUCUUCCUGCUUCUAUUAAUGUA